AUGUUUCCUGUAGCAGGUGGUAUCGGCCCACCGCAAGGUAUGAUUCCUAUUCAACAGCAAGGGUUUCCAAUGGUAUCUGUCAUGCAAUCUAAUAUGCCAGGCAUGAUGGGAAUGAAUUACGGCUCUCAGAUGUCUCCUGGACCGAUGACCAUGCAGGGUGGCAUGCCCCUUGGGGCUAUGCAAGCAACAGGAAUGUCUUUUAUGGGACAGGCUUCUUUCUUAGGAAUGCGCCCGGCAGCGCCACAAUACACCCCCGACAUGCAGAAACAAUUUGCAGAAGAGCAACAAAAAAGGUUUGAACACCAGCAAAAAUUCUUAGAAGAAGAGAGAAAACGACGCCAAUUUGAAGAGCAGAAACAAAAGCUGAGACUCCUAAGCAGUGUGAAACCAAAGACAGGUGAGAAGAGCAGAGAUGAUGCUUUGGAAGCUAUUAAAGGAAACUUAGAUGGGUUUUCAAGAGAUGCUAAAAUGCACCCCACUCCAGCAUCGCAUCCAAAAAAAACAGAUCACCCUACACCAUCACAUUCUACUGUAUCUGUCUCCCAAUCCUCUGCUUUUCUUGAUGAUGAAGAAUUUAGUGACUUUAUACAAGGGUCUGUUGAAACCCCACCAUUGGUGCCUCAGUCCUCUUUCCAGGCUUUUCAGUCUUACCACCCUACCACCCAGGCUCGGCAACUGCUUUCAGAAAAGGCUGUAGUCAAACCUCUGCCUUCAGUCCAGAUUCCAGUAUCUUCCAUCCUACAUGAUACCAUUGGGCAGGUUCCUUAUUUCUCUACCUCUGCAUCUUCGCACAAAACCCCUAAAACAGGCCAUUCCUUGGAGGAGUCGCUCUUAAUUUAUCAUUUAAGUGCAUCUGGACAGGAGCAAACCAAACUUAAAACAUCUGAAAUUGAGCAUAAAGCCUCAGCCGCAAGCCAAGUUCAUCCCAGUGUAACCGUGAAUAACGGGAAUGCUGUAGGUGGGCUUGUAAGUGGUACCACCGCUGCAGAGGUGUACAAGGCUUCACAACAAAACAUAGCAGUUGAAGAGUGUGGUGUUGGAGUAUUCCCUUCCCAAGAUCCGAUCCAGCAAAUGAUGCCACCUUGGAUUUACAAUGAAAGCUUGGCUCCAGAUUUGUAUAAGAAAAUUUUAGAAACCACUAUGACUCCUACUGGAAUAGAUACUGCUAAACUCUAUCCCAUUCUGAUGUCAUCUGGACUUCCCAGGGAGACCCUUGGACAAAUAUGGGCCUUAACCAAUCGUACCACACCUGGAAAACUUACCAAAGAAGAGCUUUAUACUGUCCUGGCUAUGAUAGCAGUAACUCAGAGAGGAGUACCUGCAGUGAGUCCCGAUGUUUUAAACCAAUUUCCAGCUGCUCCUGUCCCUACUUUAAGUGGAUAUCCAAUUUCAUUGCCUGCCACAGUGAAUCAACAGCCUAUGAGGCCCUCUGGACCGCCAGUCUCCAUGCCUCUUAAUAUUGGACAGGCAGUCAUAGGAAUGAACAUAACUCCACCAGUGGGUGGAGCUGCAGCACAGGUUUCUAGUGGUUUCAUGCCAUCUUACCCCACAAACCAGAUGGUUAAACCAGAAGAUGAUGACUUCCAGGAUUUUCAGGAUGCUUCAAAGUCUGUCUCACUCGACGAAUCUUUCUCCGAUUUCCAAGGGGAGGGACCUGGAUCCUCCAAAGCAACCAGUUCUCAGCACCGGAGCAGUGUUCCUUCUUUGCUGAUUCCACUCCCUGGCACUAAAACCCCUUCCUCAAUGGAUAAAUAUGCUGUGUUUAAAGGAAUUGCAGUUGAAAAGCCUUCUGAAAGUGCAGCUAUGUUUGGAGAUUAUGGAGACAAAUACAGUGCUUUCCGAGAGUUAGAACAACCAUCAGAGAGUAAAUACUUAGGAGAUAGCUUUGCAGAAUUCAAAUCUGCAGGAACCGAUGAUGGUUUCACAGAUUUUAAAACCGCUGACAGCAUCUCACCACUAGACCCACCUACAAAAGAGAAAACUUUCCCUGCAUCCUUCCCCUCUCUACCUGCACAGUUAAAGCAACAAACACAAGCAAAAACCUCUCUGAAUCUGGCAGACCUAGAUCUCUUUUCCUCCACUGCAGAGAACAAACAACUUUCAUUUCCAGCUGCAUUUAGUUCAUCAAAAUCAACCUCUUUCCCUGCACCACCACCUCCAACAUCUGCUGCUGCUCCUCCACCAGCACCCAGUAAAAGCUCGAGCUUGGCUGACGACUUUGGAGAAUUCAACCUUUUUGGGGGAUUGUCUAAUUGUCUAUCAGUCGGGGGACAAGAUGACUUUGCAGAUUUUAUGGCUUUCAAUAAUAGCAGUGGCUUUUCUGAACAAAAAAUGGAUGACAAAUACAAAGCUGUUAAGCAAGAGGCCAAUCCUGUUCCUCCAGCUGGCUCCUCUCUCAGUGCAAUGAAAAGUGGGCAGAAUUCUGCCGCCGCUGCUCCCACCAAAUAUGAUAUCUUUAAACAGCUUUCUCUGGAGAGCUCUGGAACAGGUGUUGAGGAACUGAAAGACAGCACCCCUUCAGCGAAAAGCGACGACGACUUUUCCGACUUCCACUCUAACAGGUUUUCUGCCAUGUGUGGUAACAUGGAUAAAUCCCUGGUAGACAAAGUGGCAGCUUUCAAGCAUGCCAAAGAAGACUCUGCUUCUGUCAAGUCUCUGGAUCUCCCCUCCAUCGGGGGCAGCAGUGUCGGCAAGGAGGAUUCUGAAGACGCGCUCUCUGUUCAGUUUGACAUGAAACUGGCCGAUGUGGGAGGAGAUCUUAAGCAUGUCAUGUCUGAUAGCUCUUUGGAUUUGCCAACAGUUAGUGGCCAGCAUCCGCCAGCAGCAGAUAUAGAUGACUUAAAAUGUGCUCCCUUUGGAAACUAUAACAGUGGCUCCACAGUAAGCAGCCUUGCAAGCUAUGACUGGUCUGACACAGAAGACAUUCAUCAGAGCAGGAAGCUCUCUUCCUUUGUCCUUUCUUCAGGAAGUGGAGCCUCUUCAGCUACUUCAGUUCUUCAGAAGAAGGAGACUUUGUUUGGCAGUUCAGAAAACAUUACCAUGACAACAGUUUCCAAAGUGACAACCUUUUCUACUGAGGAUGUUCUACAGGAUGUUAAAUUUGCAGCCUUCGCGAACUUUAAAGAUCCUGGUCCCAGGUCCAGCUGUCAAAGUGAUGAUGAGAUUGAAGGCUUUGGAGAGUUCUCAAGACCUUUGUCAGAAGCGAAGGAGUCAGCAACAGUUGACGCAAGCCCAGAGGUUGACUUAGAUACCAAUGGUAUCUUAUCUGAAAUGGCAAAAGAAUGCAUGGAUGACUUCGGAGAAUUCCAAAGCGAAAAGCCAAAAAUCAGCAAAUUUGACUUCUUGGUGGCAACUUCGCAAGGCAAGAUGAAAUCUAGUGAAGAAAUGAUCAAGAGUGAGCUUGCUACCUUUGACCUCUCUGUACAAGGGUGUCACAAAAGGAGCUUGAGUCUGGGUGACAGAGAAAUAAGCCGUUCCUCUCCUUCACCAGCUUUGGAGCAACCGUUUAGAGAUCGCUCAAAUACUUUGAGUGAGAAGCCUGCUUUGCCUGUCAUCAGAGACAAAUAUAAAGAUCUAACUGGGGAGGUAGAGGAAAGCGAGAGGUAUGCAUAUGAGUGGCAGAGAUGUUUGGAAAGUGCCCUGCAAGUCAUUAAGAAGGCAAAUGAUACCCUAAAUGGAAUCAGUAGUUCGUCUGUUUGCACUGAAGUAAUCCAGUCGGCACAAGGCAUGGAAUAUUUAUUAGGGGUUGUUGAGGUCUAUAGAGUAACAAAACGAGUUGAACUGGGUAUCAAGGCCACCGCAGUGUGUAGUGAGAAACUCCAACAGCUGCUAAAGGACAUCGAUAAAGUAUGGAACAACCUAAUAAGCUUCAUGUCACUUGCAGCUUUAACGCCAGAUGAAAACUCAUUGGAUUUCUCUUCUUGUAUGCUGCGUCCUGGAAUUAAAAAUGCCCAAGAUCUCGCCUGUGGGGUGUGCCUCUUGAAUGUGGAUUCUAGAAGUAAAAAAGAAGAGAAACCAGUGGAAGAGCAUCCUAGAAAAGCUUUUAAUUCAGAAACGGAUCAUUUCAAACUGGCUUAUGGAGGACACCAGUACCAUGCAAGCUGUGCAAACUUCUGGAUCAACUGUGUGGAGCCGAAACCUCCAGGCCUCAUUUUGCCAGACCUGCUUUGAAAGGACUUGCACUGAAGGAGGGAUCACGUCAGUCAAUGACAAGACAUGGUCUUGAUGGUGGUGAUGUAGGGGAAUAAACACUGAAGGCUUUUUUGGGCAGUGGUUAGAGUAGUGAAAUGUUCAUUUCUGCAUUUCUUCUGUACUACAAUGGGUCAAAACCACUCUCUCAUACGAGUUCCCCGUGAAGAAUUUCACUGGAAGGUUCAAGCCAUCAUUGAGGUUUUCAGAAAUAAUCAGAGAGUUUUGCACUGUGCCAUAAAACAUGGCAUUUCAAUCUCUCUCUCAAGCUGAAAUGGGUUAGCACUUUUUGAGAUGUAGCAACUCACUGUGGUAAUCAAGGUAAAUUGACGCAUGAGGUGGAAUAGGUCUUAUCGUUUCAAGAAAGAGAUGAAAUACUAGGCUGUGUGUGUGUAAACUGAAAUGGCCCCUUAACCAAAUGCGUGAAAUGUGUAUUUGCUAACUAUUCUUUCCUCUAAUUUUAAUAUAUGAACCCAGAGUGGUGUUUUUUCUUAGAUAUUUGCUCCUACAGUAUUACAAUGCACAAGAAGUGACAGUAAUGUUCAAGGAGAAGUAAGUUAUUGAUCUAGAAGGAAUUGGAUUGUUAGGUUGCAAUGAGCCAUUGUUUAUUUAUAGAAUUAUUGUUCUGAAUUACAGAAUAUAUUUUAUUCAUACAUUUAGUGGGUUAGUAUUGGGAGAAAAAACUGGGAUAAAAAUCAUUGUAUCUAAAUUUUUCGUACCAUAUCUUUAGGCUUCAGUACAGGCAGCUGGAUUUUAAAACCUGCAGUCUCUUCUACUUUGAUGUAAAUACUAGACAAACCUUUUUACCCCUCUAUUGGACUUGUCCUACAACUGCAGACAUAAAGGGCUAUACUUUCAAAAUGAGGUAUUAUGCAUUUAGCCCUCUGCCCUUUAUUUUGUAAUCAUAUAACUAAGUUGCUGCACAUCAUGUUGAAAAUCAUACCACACUAAUAUCAAAUGCCCACUCCUGUAUAUUUCACUACACAUUUGUGGUGUAUAAAUAUGCUUUUCUUGAUGGGACUCCUAUGCAGAUCUCAUGCAAUUUAAUAUUGUCCAUCAAGGCUCGCUCUUUCGCAGACUCCCAGAACUGAUGGCACUGGUUGCCUUUGAGUUCAUAGUUCAGACAGAUAUUAGCUUUUUCACACUGGAAUUCGAGAUUUCCCAGCAGACUGCACAAAUGCGAAAUACAUGGGUGCUUUAUGGCCAGCGCUGCUGUCUGGACAGUAAGUGAUUAAUGUAUCAGGCUAUCACAUAAUGUUACUCACAAAUCUAGAUGUAUAGGAUUCUUUCUUUAGAUACAACAUCAAGGUGACAGUGCAGAAUACAAAAAUAAAAUACGUUUGCUGUGAAGACAACUUCCCAGUUCAGAAAGAAUGUAACAAUGCUUGAACUUCUGAAUUACUAAUUGCUUUACAGAAUUUUUAAUCCAAUGGAAAUGUGCUUUUGUUUCAAAAUGGCCUUUCCACUAUAUGGCCUCUUAGUUUUGACUCUGUGAGGGAAGCAAGAGUUGCUGUUUGUUUCCUCGGUAUAACUGAUGAUUUCAUCGUUCAUUGAUUUAGUUUCUCAAACAGACCUUGAGAGAAGCUUCCUUCUUUCCAAGGUGUCAUCAGCUGUCAAAGCAAGCCUUGUCUCUGUUCUAAGUAAAUAGCUAAUAGUGACCUGUGGUUUUGAUUUCCUGUGAACAAAAUUGCAUAGGGGAUAAAAAUGAUGGUUUGUAUAAAAGGUUAGUUCUAUUCACAGAUUAAUAUACACCAUAUGAAAGAGAUCUUGGCUAAUAAGAAUACUAGGUGAAUGACCCUUGUUUACAUAAGUUAAAUUUAAAAUAGAUCUUCGUAGUCUCAGAAACCUGCUUAUUCAUCUAAUAAGUAACAUACUGCGCCUCCUGGUAUCAGACCCAAGCUAAUCAAGUGGCAGCUUUUCAAUAACAGUCAGCACCCACCUUCUGCUGUGCAAAGUUUAUCAAAGCAAGCUGAUUUCUGAUUGACUGGCCACUAUUUUACUUACUAGUUGUGUUGUAUAAGUGCAAUAGACCUCAGAACAGCUCUUUGACACGAGAAUUGUCUCCCUCGUCAAAUAUUUCUUGCUUCACCUUGAUAAUACACUUCUUGCCAUGCCAUGUGCUUACUAUUGCAAGUAGACCCACUGACUAGUAUAGGACAUACAAUGGUAAGUUAGCAGGAUGAUUAUUAUUAUAAAAUUAUUAAUUAUUAAAAUUAUUAUUAUAGGAUCGGACCCUUAGGGCCCGAUUAGCGAAGGACUUAAGCAAACGCCUAACUGUAAACACAUGAUUUGUACCUCUGAAAGCAAUGGCACUAUUUGCAUGCUUAAGUACUCUGCUGAAUCAAGGCAAUAGCUUGCAUAAAUGCUGUAUUGGGACAAGGGAAGCUUUUUAUUAGCAUGGGCUUCUUCCACGGCUCUUCUUCUUUUUUCACCCCUCCUAUGAGUUUUAAGAGCAUGGCCCAAGCUAAAGUAGCUACAGUGUGGCAACUCUACAGCAAACUUGUAUUCCAAAUGCGGUACUGGUCAUUGCACUGUGGCAAAAGUCGAUUCUAAUUACGUUCUUUUUUAAUGUACCGGCUUGUUAAGCAAAUACGUUAUCUCUGCUAGAAGUAUCCAGCAUGUCUUUGGCACAUAAAUAGGGGGAAAGGGCAUUUACGAGUAUAAUUACAGUAGAGCUUAUUGGAGUAGUCCCCUGCUCUGUACAGAAUGGGAAAGCGGCAGGCAAUGUUAAAGUGAUCAUGUCAAGCAAAAGGCAUUUUUCUAAACACCUUCAAAGGGUUCUCAUGACGUGAAUGUUUUACUUUAGAUACCACCGAUAAGGGCAUUGCACAAGAAGGAUCAUUCCACUUACAUAUCCUAGUCAUUAAAACGACUCAGUGUUGCAUUCCGCUUCUGAGCUAUUAUACUGUUAGCCAAGGGCCCGGUGUCCUUGGAAACUGUAUCCAAGGUUACAAUAUUUUCUACACUGGAUUGUAUCGGACCACUUUCCCUUGCUUUAAUUGAGCGUAGGUUAACGCACACGACUUUUUGUCUUGGCCUAUGGUGUUUUAGAACUGUAAAUGAAUUUCUUUUUGGAUGUCUUCUGUUUCAUUAUCAAAAUUUGUGAAAGUGAAUAUUUUUAAUGUACAUAUUCUUUGGAUUUGCCUUGGGAUUGCCUAAGGAAAAUUAUUUUUAUUUGUGUUUUGUGUGUGUCUUGAUUUUUAACAGGUUAUUUUCUUGGUUAAUUUAAUUUUUUUUCUAUAUUGUACUCCUUAGGUUCCUAACGGUGUAGUUUGUCUAAUUUUCUCAGUUGAAAUAUACUAAAGUAAUCUUUCCUUCCAGUACUUAUAGGCAUUAGGGACAAAUCAAACUGUACCAAGAUCUCUCUUGAGAAAUUGGUUGUCAUGUGAAUUUUUAAAUACCCCAGCAAUCUUUCUGACCUCUUUGUUAUAAAGUUUUUUUUAUUUGUUACAUGUUAAUUAUUACAUUCUGCACUUGAACAUUCCAGUGAAUUUUCAGCCCCAGCCGCAGUUUGUUUUUAUUUAAGUUGAUUUUGAACUAAAUUGAGUAGCUCUUUCUUGGAAAACCAUGUAGUAAAUGUGAAAUUACGAUGAAGUGCAGCCUAAGAAAAGGAAGCUUGUGAAAACCCAAGAAAUACACUCUUUCCUAAUUAGUUACAUGUUAAAUUAACGAGACCUGGAACAAAAAGGAUGCCUUUUCAAUAAAAGCUGCUAUUGUACAACUACUUUUUCUUAAAUAUCUUUUGCUUUCUGGGCCUUUAUUUAAUUCUGAUUCUCAAUGUUCAAAUAUAAAUGUAAUAGUUGUGUUUCUUCCCGCAUUUGGGUGAAUAUACAUUUCUCUUUUGUGUAGAUGGCUUUGUGAUUAGUAUAGCAGUGAAUCCUCUUCUUUUAAUUUGUGAUGUGCUGGAGUAGUUGCUGAUAUUUUAAACCUGGUAAGAAUAGUUUUUAUUACUUUACCUUUUAAUAUAUGAUUUACUUCACGUAAUCUUGCAACGGUUUAUAAAUACUUUGUUGCAUCUCAAUGAAAUGUUGAUCUCAAUAAAGAACUCUUUAUUUA